AUGAGACGCUGUCUACUCCUCGCCGUGGCAGCUCUAUCUUCAAUCGCUCAGGUUCGUUCCCUGUCCGCCACGCACAGCCACGGGAUUCUUACGAGAAAGCAGGGCGCGGUCGUCGACAAGAGACAGAACAUCAACCUUAACGGUGUCAGCAUUGAUGGAAACGGCAACGUGAAUGUGAAGGGCAACGGCGCCCCGGCGGUUGAGGUGACGACGGUGGACCUUCAGAACGCCGGCGCAGUCUUGGGUGAUGGAGGAAAAGGAUCGAACCGGGGAAAUCUCAUCGCCGGCAUCUUGGACGCUCUGAACGGGAACCGACACCAAGGGAACCAGAACACCGGCAACAACGUCGGUAAAUGCCCUGCGGCGCCACCACCGGUCACAGUCACGAAGACGGUUUACCAGAACGCCUCUGUACCCGCGCCGUUGACGGUGUUCGUCACGCAAGCAGCCCCGCCUCCGCAAAUCAUCACGCAAAUGGUCACCCAGACGCCGGCUGCCGCCGCUCCUCCCCCGGCCGCAACGCCCGCGGCCUCGCAACCCGGCCUCGUCAUUCCCGGCCCCCCUCAGGCGCCGCCCUUUGCCGGUCUCUCAUCCUCGUCGAUCCCGCCGCCUGCAGCAGCAAGCCCCGCCCCCGUCGCAGCUGAGCCUGCCGCCACCCAGCCCGCCGCGGCUCUCCCACAAGUCGGCAACCCGGCCGCGACCAGCGGCGCGACGACCUCUCUGAACCUGGGCGGCCUCCGCGGCACCGCCGCCAACCAGCCCGCCGCCGACGUCACGCCCCCCGUUGCCGCGAACCCCGCCCAGCCGCAAAUCGCCGUCAGCGGCCUCGCCCUCACCAAGUCUCUGCAGCUCGGCAACCUGCUGCAACAGACGGUCCAGCUGCAGGCUCGCGAGACACCCCCCGUGUAA